CCAGCCCUACAGAGAAAACAAGUCUCUCAUCAGGUGUGGUUUUAUUCUGGAGUUAAGACUGUGCCACUGAACCUGCUCAUUCUAGGUGCGUAAUGCUGGGAGAAGAAUAGCUGUGACUGUGACUGUGUUGUAUUUAUAUAUAUAAAGAAAUACUGAAUUAUUUAACAGAUGUAUUUUUACAGUCUGUAUUAGCACUUGUCAGAUAUGAAGAUCGCCUCGUUUAACGCACAGAGGUUCGGACAGGCCAAAGUCUCAGAUCCAGACGUCCUGUCAGCUCUUGUCAAGAUUGUGUCACGAUACGACAUCAUAGUGAUUAUUGAGGUGGUGGAUGUGACCGGAGCUGCCGUCAAACUGUUCUUAAAAGAACUAAAUGAAGUCAACACGACCCAUCACUAUGCUCUGCAGCUCAGUGUCCGACUGGGGAGGAACAGAUACAAGGAGCAAUUUUUGUUCCUUUACAGGGAUGAUGUUGUUGAUCUGGUUGACAGCUAUCAAUAUGAAGACAACCAAGUGAACGACAUGGAUGCCUUUGCCAGAGAACCAUAUAUUCUCCGCUUUAAACCACACAACACAGUGCUGAAGGACAUAGUGCUGAUCCCGGUCCACACCAAGCCGUGGGACUCUGAGCGAGAGCUGGAUGAGCUGUAUGACGUCUGUCUGGUGGUCAAAGACAAAUGGAAAACUGAUAACAUAAUGAUCCUGGGGGAUUUCAAUGCAGAUGGUGUGUACGUCACCCCUAAGGAGAUGCAGGAGAUUCGCAUCCGCAGCGACAAGAAUUUCCAUUGGCUAAUCCGUGAUGGCGUGGACACGAUGGCAAGAACGUCAAACGAACACACCUACGACCGGAUUGUUGUGUAUGGAGAAGAUAUGCUUACAGCCUUUGUGCCAAACUCAGCCAAGCCAUUUAAUUUCCACAAAGAGUUUGCUAUGACUGAAGAAAAGGCCCUGAGGGUGAGCGACCACUACCCUGUGGAGGUAGAGUUACGUAAAGCCCCUCCUUUCUGGAUGACAAAGAGCAACCGAAGAAGUGACAGUGUUGAUUCAUCAGUUCACAGAGCUGUCACAGAAAGUCUGCAGGAUGAUGUGUUGAAACUGCAGAAGGAAAACCUCCUGCUGGAGCGAGAAAAACUUCAACUACUGAUCACUUUAUUAAAACAGCGGCUUUCCACACUCAAGCUGAAACAAUGACAAGAUCUCAAACACGACUGAUUUUGCAAAGCUGUAUGUAUGUAUGUAUGUAUGUAUGUAUGUAUGUAUGUAUGUAUGUAUGUAUGUAUGUAUGUAUGUAUGUAUGUAUGUAUGUAUGUAUGUAUGUAUGUAUGUAUGUAUGUAUGUAUGUAUGUAUGUAUGUAUGUAUGUAUGUAUGUAUCUAAUCAGAUAAAUAGCAGUGGAUGAAACAUCGUGGCCUGACUGUAUUUAAAGUUUGUCUGGCCCCAGUGUGAGGAAUGGUGUGCACUGGGGAGGGAUAUGGUUCACUUGAGAUUUAUUGACCAUAUAAUUUCACUUGACCUCCUAAAGACUUUGCUCUAGUAGUUGAGGCCGUUCCAUCAGGUGCCAUAAUUAUAUAGGAAUGUUGUUAGGUUUGCACCAAGAUGCAUUUCUUUCGCAAACUCCGCUGAACUGGUAGAAAUGUGUUUCUCAAUAGACACAAAACAUUUAUGCAGUUUUCAAAGAGAUCCUGUCUAAAUUCCAUAUUGAGCAUGUUGCACUCAGUUUGUAAUAUAUGUUGGAAGAAGGUUACUAUGCAUUAUCAUAAAUAUCUAAUUGUUAUUAAAGUUAAGGAAGUGUCAUUCACAAUUAUCAUGAACAUUAACCUGCAACUAUUUAGAAAUAAAAAAAGACAUACCAAGAAUAGUUCUGUGAUAAAUAUUCAGAAAACACAAUUGUUGGCAUUGUUCUCAAGAUAUUCUGGAAAGACCUUUGCAGAUUUGUCAUUAAUCAUUUUAAAACUUUACAUCAAAUAAAUAAGUAUUUUUACAAAACCAAACAAAUAAUAAUACAUUUACAUAAUACAAAAAAAGUAUUAAUGUGAAUGUAAGGAAAACAUAAUAUUGGUGUGAGCAAUAUGUAAAACUAUUGUCUAAUUUGAUAAUCAAAAAGUCUACCUAGAAUCCGUGUAUCUACCGUCCAAUUGUUUUUCUUUAUUAAACACGUAAACGGAA